AUGGGUGGACUAAAUGACUCUGUGGUCACUGAGCUUGUUUUACUGGCCCUUUCUUGUUCUAGAGAGAAAAAAUUUGUUCUCAUCGUUACAUGUUCCUUGCUCUAUUUAGGGAUCAUCAUGGGAAACCUUGUCAUUGUGUUUUUGGUAAUUGCUGAUUCUCACUUACAGUCACCUAUGUACUUCCUGCUGGCCAACCUAUCCCUCAUUGACGUGGGCCUUUCCUCUACCGUGAUCCCCAAGAUAAUCACAGAUCUUUUAAAUGAAUACAAUGUAAUUUCUUUCCAAAAUUGUAUGACACAGAUAUGUCUUAUCCAUAUCAUGGGAGGAAUAGAAAUGGUGCUACUCAUAGCCAUGGCAUUUGACAGGUGUAUGGCAAUCUGUAAGCCUCUUCAUUACUUUAAAAUCAUGAACCCUAAAAUAUGUGUUUCAUUUGUAAUUACUGGCUGGGUAACUGGGGUGAUCCAUGCUAUGGCUCAAUUUGCUUUUGUUAUAAACUUACCUUUCUGUGGGCCUAAUAAAGUAGAUAGCUUUUAUUGUGACUUUCCCAAGAUCAUCAAACUUGCAUGCACAGAUAGAGCCAAGUAUGAGUUUAUUGUUACUGCCAACAGUGGCUUUAUGACCAUGGGCACUUUCAUUCUGCUAAUUCUUUCCUAUGCCUUCAUUUUGAUCACUGUCUGGAAAUGUUCUACAGGAGACUUAUCCAAGGCAUUUGUCACUUUAUCAGCUCACAUCACUGUGGUUUUUUUGUUCUUCACUCCAUGCAUAGUUAUCUAUGUAUGGCCUUCUCCCCCACCAUCACUUGAUAAAAAUCUGUUCAUUGUUGACUUUGCUAUUACCCCUGUCUUGAAUCCUGUCAUCUAUACAUUAAGGAACAAAGACAUAAGGGUAGCAAUAAAAAGAUUGCACAAAAAGUGA